AUGAAGCCUUGGUCUGAGGGCUACAACAACUGUGAAACUCUGGUUACGAAGCGAGAGUUCCCCGUCAUCUACUUUGAUGGCCAAGACUUUCCCGCCAAAAGCGCUGUCGGUUGGGUUUCUGCAAGUGAUUUACGAGAUUUCGAUGCCAAGAGCAAGAAUUCGCUUGUUCCUCACAUACAAUCGGUUCGCAAGUUUCUCCAGUCUCGAGUAGCAAAGCAUUCGCCAAAACACGAACCAGACGAGACAAGGACUGGAAUACCUAACACAACGGAAGAACAACCGAUCAAGCUCAACACAAACUCAGCAAUGCUUCUGGAUGUCCAACCUGAGCCUCAUGAAGCUCAUGGAUCGGCUCCAAAGCCGGGUCAGCAAGAAUCCGAGCAUCUCCUCCUUACUCAGCCCACUCCCCCUUCUUCAAAUCAAGUCUCUCGAUCUGGUUCCCAAGUUCAAUCACCAUCACAACCUGGUAUUCACGACAAAGAGCGAAACCUUCCUCCCGGCCUUGAAGUCAUCUCGACUUCCAGUCAUCGGUCAGAAGAGCAGCCUGAUGAGCCUUUAGAGGGCAGUCUUUGGUAA